CGAAUCGACAAAUGUCACCAGCGCGCUUAGUCCGGGACGGGAGCCUAUGAUAAGUCUCUUAGUUCCUGUCAAAAACACAGCUGAGCGAUGAUUCAAUUGUCAGCGGCUGUGAAAUAGAUCCACUUGUUGCUAUAUGCCACAUUCAUCUGGAGGAGAUUUGUCGAAUAAAAAAAAGAAAUAUUAAUCUCGAGCGGAUCGUACAUCAAACAGACGGAGAAGUAUUGCUUUAUUCCAUUUUGGACUAAUCCUUGGACAGAAUAUUCCUAUAUCUAGAUACUACAGGUAGACUGUUUUGAUGUCUGCGCGGUGGGGGUCUCCAUGGCUGUGUGGACAUGUCAUUCUGGGCUACGGGCUCUUUCUCCUAGUCGCCCUUCCAGACCUCACCACAGGCAGGCAAGGGAAUUGCACCUACCCGUUGGUGCCAGAACACGGGGGCUUCCGCUGCGAGCCCUCCCCCUGCAGAGGCUUCCCCCAGAAGAGCUUGAUCUACUUCUUCUGUGAGCCCGGCUAUGCCAUCCCAAAAGAGAUGGUGCGCAGCUUGCGCUGCCGCCAUGGCAAAUGGAUCCCCAGCGUGCCCACCUGUCUCGCCGUGCGAGACAGACAUGUUAACUAUGAGGACCAGGUGGCCCACUCAAUCCCCAGCGUUGCCACGACUGCGGUGGGCGUGUCCAUAUUCCUCCUCACCACCACGGCCUGCUUGGUGAUUAAGUCCCGCCUUUUCCCCUGUCACUCACACAGGCGCUCUUCAGACCAGAUGGAUCUGAUGGUGGAUGGCCUGCCUGUGUCUCUGCCCAGCUAUGAAGAAGCUGUCUAUGGGAGCUGGGGGCAACGCCUGCCACCCUGCAGAGGGCCCACCCAACUCUUACUAGCCCAGGCGGUUCCAGGUCCAUCAUUAGCUCACAACCAAUCAGAUUCCAGUCACCGUAUUCAUCCAUCCAAUCAAAGCCCCGAUAUCCUUCCGCCCCCUUACGAGGAGAUGGAAUCCCAUCCCAGAGAGGAUCAGAGUGAGGGGGACGUGCAGGCCUUACAAGUUGCACUUUCCGAUGACAAGAACAUUUGAGUGACUGGUGUAUUUGUAUUACCCACCAAUCAUGUACUGAUUUUUUAAAUAAUGUGCUCAGGCACUUAUAUAGAUUCAAGCCUACCAGCUUUAUCGGAUUUCAACCUUAUACACAGCACACCAGUUCUGAUUGGUUAUUUGUAAUGUUAUGAGGUGUAUCCUGACAUGGAGACAUGGUUUAUAUCCCAUCAGUGAUGGGACCUGAGCCUCGUUUGUUGAGGUGACUUUAAUACCAUUACUGUUACAUCACAGGGACCUGUGUGUCUCUAUUGUGACUGAUUGAUUGUGCACUGUGGGUAAACCCAGCUGGUGAGAGUAGAAAUGGAGGUUACUCGCUCUCCUUUCAUUCUUGUUGAAUUAUGAUUUGCAAUAAUGGCAGAGUUGUAGCGUCGAUUAUGGAAACCAGCAGGUGACUGGACAGUGUACACAGAGAUCACAUGAUGUAAGUUUAGGAGUAAAAUCUGUGUUCUCCCUCCCCUGAAAGAUAUUUUGAGCUCUAGCUACAACCCAGUCCAAUUUUGACUGCCAUUUCUGGGAGUGGUGGCUGACUGACCACAUGGAAGAGUUUUCACUUUUUUUUCACCACAGUGGUGGGAAAAGUACUCAAUUGUCAUACUUGAAUAAAAGAUACCUUCAUAGAAAAUGACUCAAGUAAAAGUGAAAGUCACCCAGUAAAAUACUACUUGAGUCAGUCUAAAAGUAUUUGGUUUUAAAUAUACUUAAGUAUCAAAAGUAAAUGGAAUUGGUAAAAUAUACUUAAGUAUCAAAAGUACAAGUAAAAGUAUAAAUUG